AUGCCUCAAAUAUCAGUUAAACUCAAGUUUGCAAAACUUGGGUAUCAAUAUGUUAUGAAUCACUUCUUAACAUGUCUAUUGGUGCCCAUAGUGGCUGUGAUUUUUUUUCAAGCUAUUCAAUUAGGCCCUGAGGAAAUUUCCAAUCUUUGGAAUAAUUCCAUUCAGUUUGAUUUCACCAAAACACUCUGUUCAUCUUUCGUCGUCAUCCUUAUGUCCAUUUUAUACUUCAUGUCAAGGCCUCGAGGGGUUUACCUCAUCGAUUAUGCAUGUUACAGGCCACCUGUGACAUGUCGCGUCCCCUUUUCAGUGUUCAUGCAGCAUUCAAGAAUCAUACUUAGUACAGAGCCAAAGAGUGUUGAAUUCCAAAUGAAGAUUCUUGAGAGGUCUGGUUUAGGAGAAGAGACAUGUUUGCCACCAGCAAUACAUUAUAUCCCUCCUGCAAUUAACAUGGUCUCUUCAAGAGAGGAAGCUGAAAUGAUGAUAUUUUCAGCCAUGGAUUAUCUCUUCAAGAAAACAGGAGUAAAGCCUAAAGACAUUGACUUUCUUAUAGUGAACUGCAGCCUUUUCUCACCGACACCAUCUUUAUCAGCAAUGGUGGUUAAUAAGUACAAAAUGAGAGAAAACAUCAAGAGCUAUACUCUAUCAGGAAUGGGGUGUAGUGCAGGGCUAAUCUCCAUUGAUUUAGCUCGUGAUCUUCUCCAAGUUCAUUCCAAAUCGACCGUUGUGGUUCUCAGCACAGAAAUCAUCACGCCGAAUUACUACAAAGGCAAGGAGAGAUCAAUGCUCCUCCCAAAUUGUCUGUUCAGAAUGGGUUGCGCAGCCAUACUUUUAUCAAACAAGUGGUGGGCAGAUAAACGGCGAGCCAAGUACAAGUUGUUACAUACGGUGAGAACCCACAUAGGAUCUAACGACAAAGCUUACAAUUGUGUGUUUGAAACUGAAGAUUCAGAAGGUAAAACAGGAAUUUCUUUGUCAAAAGAUCUUAUGGCAAUAGCAGGGGAGGCAUUGAGGUCUAAUAUAACAUCAAUUGGACCAAUUGUUCUUCCUCCAUCAGAACAACUUCUCUUUCUCCUGUCACUCAUGGGCCGAAAGGUCUUUAACAUGAAACUGAAACCAUAUAUUCCAGACUUCAAACAAGCGUUCGAACAUUUCUGCAUUCAUGCUGGUGGAAGAGCGGUGAUCGAUGAACUACAGAAGAACUUGCAGCUGUCUGCAGAACAUGUUGAGGCAUCGAGAAUGACUCUGCAUCGAUUUGGAAACACGUCUUCUUCAUCGUUGUGGUAUGAAUUGAGUUAUAUUGAAGCCAAAGGAAGGAUGAAGAAAGGUGACAGAAUUUGGCAGAUUGCAUUUGGGAGUGGAUUCAAGUGUAACAGUGCUGUUUGGAAGUGUAACAAAACAAUAAAAACUCCAACUGAUGGACCUUGGUCUGAUUGUAUCCAAAAGUACCCACAUAGUACAGCUCUAGGAGAAUAUAAUCAACAAUAGCAGAGAAGAAAAACACUGGUUUUUAUUUUUGGUUAAUCUGUGUUUUUUUUUCCAGCCUUCUUGUAAACUAUAUGGC